CAAACUAUCCGUUGCCAUUCUAAAACGACAUUAGCAUCUUUGUAAACAGAAAGAAAUUCAGCAGUACAAAUCUGCUGUUAUUAUUUGACGGAUUCCAUAUCAUACCAAAAAUAUCUCAGUUCAACAUUUGAUUUGAUUGAGUCGAAUGGAAUGGGCGCGUUUCCUAGAUUAAAGAGAGAGGAUUACACCCGCACCAAACAUGAUUCUGCUUUCUCUGAUUGGAAGAUUCUUAUUGGGCCAUCUGAUUGGGAAGAUCAUUUACUGAAUAAAGAUGGAGCAGAAAGAUAUAGGACCCAAAAUCUCCCAAAUUGCUGUUCUUGUCCAGGACUUUAUGAGCUUGGGAUAGCUGUAUCACGCCCUCGGACCGGACGAGAAUUUGACAAGCUAAACAGCAACAACAUAAUUCCUGUUUACGUAGGACAAGCCAACAAUGUUAGAACUAGACUACAAAGAUAUGGCCGCGAAGGUGCUCAUUUGGAAAAGGGAUUUCCAAAUACUGAGCUGAAUGACAGCGAAGGGCUUCAAUUAUUUACCGAAAUAUUUUCAAGGGGAUUUCCUAUAGUCUAUAGAUGGGCACCUAUGAAAAGUAAAAAGGUUGCCGAGGAAACAGAAGCCAGCCUUCUUGGCGUGUUCGAUUAUGCAUGGAACAGAGGUGGUAAUGGUGCUCGUCGUCCAAAUGCAAUAUUCCAUAAACUUGAUCGAAGUAUAUCAAGUGCUGCUUGGUCUCAUCCUAUUAUUAGGAGGCUACAAAGUUUCCGACAGAAGGAAGUGGGUCUCAAAAUCAUUACUCAUCAAGACGAAUCAGAUGCCUACAGUGAGCAAGCUAGCAAAAACAUUAUAUCUAGAAUUUUUAAAUUUGGCAGAUCACGGCCAACAUUAGUUUCAGAUAGGUUCAAAGUGGACAAGGAUGGUAAUAAUAUGUGUGGUGUGGCAUUAGGUCAAGGAUACAUUUGUACAAGCCCUCCAGUAUAUGGUAGAAAGAGAUGCAGUGAACACAAAGGAAUGAAAGUCAACAGCUCCAAGUGCACGUCCGAGAUGAACUCACUAUUAAAAAGUGCAGCAAAUAAUCCCUUUUAUGUUGAUCACUCGGGUACGCUAAAGCUUCAACAUCAAAAUUGUGUUGCUGAUGAGAAGAUGUCUUUUACCUGUGGACUAGUGAUGCCUGAUGGCUCUCUCUGUGCAAGGGAACCUGUACGUGGGAGAAAAAGGUGUGAGGAACAUAAAGGAAGGAGGAUAAACAAAACCUUUUUGAAACUAGUUAGAGAAGAGAAAACACAUAACUUAGAAAUUCCAGGUUUGGAUCUGCGAACUCUUAGUGGUGAUAAUGAGACGAAUAAAACUGUUAAACAUCAGUCCUCUUGUAGCUCGGAGAGGUGUAUUGUCAGUAUUCAUGAAGCAUCUGCUCAAGAAGAAUCGCCUACCUGUGGGGCAAAGACUCGUAAUGGUUCCUUUUGCAAAAGGAAGCCGGGAAAAAAUAGUAAAAGGUGUUGGCAACAUCAUGACAAGAGUUCUGAUAAGUGAUAAUAGCUGAGACCUUGGUGAGCAAGUCAUAUACAUCAUCACAGUGCUAACUCUGAUGAAUUAUACAGUGUAAUGGUUGUAAGGGUCUUGUAGCUAAAGGCAGCGGAAUUUGAUUUCUUCAUGAGGUUGGCAUAUACUUUUUCUUAUUAGUUUAUGUUUCAAUGAUAUUCAUUCUCA